GCACAAAAAAAUGGGAAAAAAAUACGCAAAAUAAUGGGCAAAAUGCCGCGCAAAAUGCUACCCCAAAACAGCCUUUAACAGAGCGCCGCAGCCCGCGAAGGCGUUGCAAAAAGGCCAGCGUUCCAUACGCUUGCCCGUGCUGCUCUCAUGGCAACCCCGCUGCAUCCGCUUGAAGGGACAGCGUGAGAAGGUUAACCUAACGUGUGGAUUACCUCCCCUGAUGUGCACGUAAUAUUGUGGGCGCGUCACCCCUCCCCCGUGAGUGCAGUGAUAUGCGGAAACACGACUUUUCUCGCAUCUGAUAGGCGAAAUGCGUCCAAUAGAGGGGCACACCUGUUGAAUGUUAUUUCCCGCCUAUUGGCUCCCCCCACUGGGUUCUUUUGCCCAUUCGUUGCAUUCUCAGAUUAAUUCCCAUUCGAAAAGAACGUCAUGUUUACCUUCUCUUCGUUUAAAAAGCUGCUCGUCGGAGUGAGCGCCGCCAACGGAGGGGUAAUCGCGGGCUGCUUUUACAUCUACAAAAAGAACAGACCCGCAAACGACGACACGUUAGAAGAACCCAGCGAAAGCUUCAGAAUGAAAACCUUCGAUGAGCUAGCGAAAAGUUACGACGAAAAAAAUGACUUCAUAGAAAAAGUCACCUCCAUAAACAAAUACAAAAAGAGGAACUUUCGAAAAGUGAAAGGAGUAGUCCUAGAAAUAGGGGCAGGGUCAGGAAGGAAUUUCUCAUUUUUAAAAAAAGUAGACAUCUUAGUAUGCGUGGAAAAAAGUGAAAAAAUGUGCGAAGAAAUGAAAAAAAAAUUGGAAAAAAUAAAACCAUCAUAUCCUGUAUACAUCAUAAAUGAAGACAUAAAAAAUGGCCUCUUUCGUCCCAACGUUUUCGAUUCUGUCAUUUCGUCUUUCACCUUAUGUUCGUUGGAGCAUGUGGACCACAGCUUAGAGAACGUCCACCAAGCGUUGAAACCUGAUGGCCGGUUUUACUUAAUCGAGAGAGGCAUCAUUUAUAACAAAAUGAUUCGAUACAUUUUGAAGAAACUAAAUUUAUAUCCGAAUAAAAGAAUUCCCUGGGAAUUUGGCUAUUAUGAAAAUAGGUGCCCCUUGCAGAUUUUAAAAAAAAACAAUUUCCACGUCAUCUUUAAGUUAGUAAAAAAUGCCGGCAGCAUUUACAUACUUACAGCUAAGAAGCAGGGGGGCUCUUCUCCCCAUGCUAAGAAUGAUGCGUUCCUCCCGCAUGCCAACGGGGGAAAUGCAAUUCAAAAGAGCGGUCAUCUGCAAAGCGAAGUUAACGACAAAAGUGAGGUGGACCAAACGAGGGGUACGGGGACCCCCAUCGAUAUUAAAGAUAUAUUAUGCCAUCGAGGGGGAGCCCCGAUUUAUUACGCAUACAGAAAUGGGUGAGAAGUGGCACUCCGCAUGGGCGUAUCGACGUGUGAAUGGGGGGGGAGUGCGGCGAAAAGGAAAAAAAAAAAAAAUGCACACGUUUGUCCACGCAAACGCUUCUCC